ACAAUUUCAUGAGAGUUUGGUAAUUUAGUUAUUUGUUCAAAAAUCAUUUAUUUAUCCAAAAUAAUGGCCUCAUUUUGGUUGCGCGAGUGUCACACACACGCAUGAACAAGAUGACGACGCUGACGAGCCUCAAUAUUCUAAGAACCACAUCUCUCUGUUCUUUCAACACCACCACCAAACCCAUUUCCUCAAAUCUCUUCAACACCCUUUUCACUUUUACUCCUCCCAACGUUUCCAUUCGUCAACCGAAGCGUCGUUUCCGCGCUGGAAUUCUCGCCAUGGCUGCACCUGGACCUGGGCCUGUCCACAAAUCUGAGGAAGAAUGGCAGGCGAUUCUCUCCCCUGAGCAGUUUCGAAUUCUAAGGCAGAAAGGCACCGAGUAUCCCGGAACAGGAGAAUAUGACAAGUUCUUUGAGGAGGGAGUAUACAGUUGUGCAGCUUGUAAAACUCCACUCUAUAAGUCUACGACAAAAUUCAAUUCCGGUUGUGGCUGGCCAGCUUUCUAUGAGGGUGUUCCUGGAGCCAUAAAUCGCCACGCUGACCCCGAUGGAAUGAGGAUCGAAAUAACAUGCGCUGCAUGUGGGGGACAUCUUGGUCAUGUAUUUAAAGGGGAAGGAUUUCCAACACCCACUAACGAACGACAUUGUGUCAAUAGCAUUUCACUGAAAUUUGCACCAGCCAAUUCCUAGUUUACUGCAAUGUAAUCUACUGGGUGGAUGUGAUACUCAAGGUUUAAAAAUAAGUAUAUACAGUAAUGAAAUUGAGACUGAGGCUUAUAGUAUGUAAGCAUAAACGAUGUUAAACCAGUUGUUCCUUUACAUCCCUCCUCUCUCUUGGGUUGUAUUUCAGUAUGUUCACAGGUGCUUGCAUUGUUUUGCUGAGUCUGUGUUUUGGUAUGACCAGGUUUUGAUGCUAUAGAAUUAAAUCAUGUUGAACCUUGGAAGUUUUUUCAAUAAACUAUGUUAUAAGUA